AUCUCAGAUGGGGGCGAUGGCACCGCGCACGCUGCUCCUGAUGCUGGCGGCCGCCCUGGCCCCGACCCAGACCCGCGCGGGCUCACACUCGCUGCGGUAUUUCAAAACCGCCAUGUCCCCGCCCGGCCUCGGGAAGCCCCGGUUCAUCUCUGUCGGCUACGUGGACGACACGGAGUUCGUGCGCUUCGACAGUGACGCGGAGAAUCCGAAAUACGAGCCGCGGGCGCGGUGGAUGGAGCAGGAGGGGCCGGAGUAUUGGAAGGAGCAGACACGGAUCGCCAAGGAAUGGGAGCAGUUGUUCCGAGUGAACCUGAGGACCAUGCGCGGCUACUACAACCAGAGCGAGGGCGGCUCUCACACCAUCCAGUGGAUGUUUGGCUGUGACGUGGGGUCGGACGGGAGCCUCCUCCGCGGGUAUGAGCAAGUCGCCUACGACGGCCGCGAUUACAUCGCCCUGAAUGAAGACCUGAAAACGUGGACCGCGGCGGACUUGGCGGCGCAGAAAACCCGGAGGAAGUGGGAUCAGGCUGGUGAGGCAGAGAGAAAGAGGGCCUACCUGGAAGGCGAGUGCAUGGAGGGGCUCCGCAGAUACCUGAAGCGCGGGAAGGAAGCUCUGCUGCGCUCAGAUCCCCCAAAGGCACAUGUGACCCUUCACCCCAGACCUGAAGGUGAUGUCACCCUGAGGUGCUGGGCCCUGGGCUUCUACCCUGCUGACAUCACCCUGACCUGGCAGUUGAAUGGGGAGGACCUGACCCAGGACAUGGAGCUUGUGGAGACCAGGCCUGCAGGGGAUGGAACCUUCCAGAAGUGGGCAUCUGUGGUGGUGCCUCUUGGGAAGGAGCAGAAGUACACAUGCCAUGUGGAGCAUGAGGGGCUGCCUGAGCCCCUCACCUUGAGAUGGGAGCCUUCUCCAUCCACCGACUCCAACAUGGAAACCAAUGGUAUUUAUGUUGUCCUUGGAGCCAUCAUUGCAGCUCUGUCCAUCAUUGGAGCUCUGGUGGCUGUUGUGAGGAGGAGGAGGAGGAGAAACACAGGUGGAAAAGGAGGAGACUACGCCCCUGCUCCAGGCAGGGACAGCUCCCAGAGCUCUGAUGUGUCUCUCCCUGAUUGUAAAGGUGACACUCUGGAGUCUGACUGGGGAGGGGCAAUGUGGACAUGAUUGGGUUUCAGGGAC